GCCGAAGAUGUCGGCUCGGUUAUGUGAUCAGCUGUGUCCAAUCACAGCUAAUCACAUGUAAACACGGAAAUGCCGGUUAUCGGUAUUUCUCUCCCCUGGAGCUGUCACGCUGACAGCUCGAGAGGAGAGGAGAGCCGGGAGGGGGUGCCCUGAUGAUCAGUGUGGCCCCAGAAGUGCCACCUGUCAGUGCCCAUCAGUGCCACGUGCCAGUGCCCAUCAGUGCCACAUAUAAGUGCAUACCAGUGCACAUCAAUGCCACAUAUCAGUGCCCAUCUGAGCUGCCUUUCAAUGUCACCCAUCAG